AUGGCUUCUACGGACCUUGCAAAGAGAGCACUGCUCAGAUCUUGUGACAACUCAUCCAAACUUUGCGCCCAAUGCCAGGGGAUUGACUUCGAUAGAUUCACCUGUGAGGGCUGUGCUCACGAACCAGAGGAUGCGCAUUUUCAUACUGAUCUCGCAUCACAUGUUUCCUCUGAGUCAUUCUGCUCUGGCUGUCGCCUCAUUCUUUCCGCUGUUGGCGCCAGCCAAUCGAGCAGCGGAAGUAUAGGCAAACAGACUAUCACAAUUAGCAGAAGACUAUUGCUCGCCCAGCAACAGAGAUCAUGUGGACAGUUUGAGGAGAUAGAGCCAACAACAGGAGUUGGAGGUCCUGACCUCGCAAAACUCGCCGAGUGUUUGGGUGUCUUUAUCGACGUAGCUCUAACCCAGAAUCUAUCUCAGCGCAGAACGAAAGCGACUGGAACAAUCAUCAGAUCAGAUUGCCGCAAACUUGGUGACAAGCUUAAACCCGAGGGGAAAAUUUCCGACCUUGAAGACUCUACCGAGCACUUUUUGAUUCGAGGUCGUACUGUACUUCCUACCGUCGACCUGAGUCUCAUUAAGUAUUGGAUUCAUUCUUGCGAAAGUCAGCAUACGAAAUGCAAUCUCUUUGGAUACCAUAUUACGGAAGAUUACAAGAGUCACUUGAUAGAGGAACAAACAAUCCGCCUGAUAGACGUCGAAGAGCUGAGGGUUAUUCUCGCAACUCAGCGGCAGAGAUACGUCGCGCUGUCUUAUGUGUGGGGCUCCAAUACAGCACCGAUGUUAAGAAGGGACACUGUCCUACGAUAUUCAUCACAAAACAGCUUACAGGACUCGAUGAUCGGGAGGACUAUUCAUGAUGCUAUUCAGCUUGUCCGGGAUAUUGGCGAGCGCUAUCUUUGGGUUGACACCCUUUGCAUCGUACAAGAUGACGACAACGACAAGCUGGCACAACUCGCGAUCAUGGAUCGUAUAUUCUACUGUGCAAGUCUCGUGAUAGUGGCCGCAUCUGGUGAUAAUGUUCAUGCUGGACUUGCUGGGAUAGAAAGCAAGCGCCAUCCAUAUCAGCGAAGUGAAACGGUCAAUGGAAUUCCUUUCAUAACAGUCAAGCAUUCCAUCAGAAAAGCCCUGGCCAACAGCGUGUGGAAUUCCCGCGGAUGGACGUUUGGGGAGGCAAUGCUUGCAAGGCGUCUUCUCGUUUUCACGGAAGAACAGGUCUACUGGAACUGUAAAACUGACAUCUGGCGAGAAGACUUAUGGUGCGAAUCGCCCACCACAUGUCUCUUAGCCGACGAGACCAACUCACUCCAUUCCCAAGUGCCGGAGGACACGAUCUGCCGCACUCGGAAAUACUGCGAUUAUGCCAGUCAAUUCUCUGGCAGAAGGUUUUCGCAAGAAAGAGACGUGAUUUGGGCAUUCAUAAGCAUCCUCAGAAUGCUAAACUCUCAGUUCCCACAAGGUUUUAUAUGGGGUCUACCGUAUGAACGGUUAGACACCACACUUCUUUGGCAUGAAAUUGGGGCACUCUAUGAUGAGGCAUGUCAUAACGUGCACAAACGUAAUUCUCGACACAGGAGGAUCAAGGAAGAAAACCGAUUCCACCUCCCAUAUCCAUCGUGGUCAUGGCUCUCAACAACGGCUAAAAUUCGAUUUAUCGAUCGAUGUGGAGAUCUGAUUGUCUCAGAGGUCUCCUGGCAUGAACCACUCCAGACUGAAGCAAACUAUCCCGGACCGACUCCUUCCAAUGGGCUCUCCGGAUGGAAAGUUGACCGACAGUUUGAUAUUUCAAUAGCUAUGUCUGCUUCUGAACGAAGAAUCAUGGAAUACGGGUUUCUGCAAUUCACCGCCCAUGUAGCAGAGCUAUGUAUACGAAGAGAGGUAAAUAUUGAUGGGCAGCAGGCUGCUAAUUCAGACAUACAGCUGCCGCGGUGGCCAAAAGCUCGGUGGGUAUCAGCCAGUAUCCACAUCCCAUCAGGGGAGAACAUCGCAAUGGUUCUGGUCGAUAGCAACUACUUCGACAGGAACGGAGAACGAUCCGGCGAAUUCGUUCUUCUCUCUUCGAAUGCCGAUGCGACUUCUAACGAACCUUGUCACCGCGAUUAUAUACCGGAGCGUGAAAACAAGCGGAUCGUCCAUCAGAGGCCGUGCAAGCACAUUAGGAGUCACAAUAUCAUGCUGAUAGAUUGGAUUGGCAAUGUUGCGUACAGAAGAGGGUUAGCGAAAGUUGAAAAGGGUCUCUGGGGAAAGAUUCACACUCGCACAAAACGCAUCAUUCUCGGCUAG